CAAGGAAAAUGGGAAAACAACUAGAUGAUAACCAUAGAUAAAAUGAUAACCAUAUAAACGUACAUAACCUGAUCUUAAAGAAAAAUAUGAAAAUGCUAUUAAUGAAGAUUUAACAAUUUAUUAUUCAUUAAGGAUUUGAAGCACUACUGUCAAAUUAAUCACAUGUACAUUUGAUCUCGCCAGUUUAACUGUCUAUACCUACUGUUAUACUACUAGACAAUUUUAAAGUAUGAGGAAUAUUGCUACCAUUUAUCAAAACUUUUCAAGGAAAUGUAAAGUUCUGAAGGCAAAAGUUAAACAAACACAAGACUUCUUCAGAGAACCAUCAAAUUAUGAAAAAUACACUGAUAGAUUAACAGCAAAAUUAAGUAGUUUCGAAAACAAUUUUUUACAUAAAUACGAAUGGUGGAUUAAAAAAGGGGUUUUAGCUAGACCUUUAGUUGGAAAAGUAUCACAUAAACAUGAGAAUGAAGAAGACAGAAGAAGAAUAAAAGGGUUUAUUAAUUUAAAGGGUCAGCAGUAUCUUCAAAAAAACAAAAAUUCAAUAUGGUGUUAUAGUGCUGUUCCUGUAAUAGCAUCAGAAAUAUCUGAUAAAGCAGCAAUAGUAGAAAAAAUUUCCGAAAAAAUUCCUGAACCUCCACCAGUGCCUGAUGCAUCUGUAGAAGUAUUAAAUCAAAUAAAUGCUUUAGGUGAACCUACUUUUGCAUCUUUGGGCUUAGGAGGGUGGUCUCCUAUUGGAAUUGUUCAGUCUACAUUAGAAUAUAUACAUGUUACAUGUGGAUUACCUUGGUGGGGAACAAUUGCUGUAGGAACCAUCAUUGUACGUGUGCUUAUGUUCCCUUUGGUCAUUAUUUCACAGAGAAAUGCAGCCAAAAUGAAUAAUUACAUGCCACAAAUGCAAAUACUUCAAUUGAAGAUGACAGAGGCUCGACAAAUUGGAAAUCACUUAGAUGUUGCUCGAUAUUCUCAAGAACUUAUGGCAUUUAUGAAAGAAAAAGGACUCAAUCCUUUUAAAAAUAUGCUUGUUCCUCUAGCCCAAAUGCCACUUUUCAUUUCAUUUUUUAUGGGACUACGGCAAAUGGCGAAUGUACCUGUGGAUAGUUUGAGAGAAGGUGGAAUGUUAUGGUUUACCGAUUUGACUUUACCUGAUCAAUACUACGGCUUACCCCUUAUAACUAGUUUCACUUUAUGGGUUACAAUAGAAGUAGGUACAGAUGCAGGAAAAUUAUCUUCACAAAACCUCCAAACUAUGAAGUAUAUUUUGAGGGCUGUACCGGUAUUAAUUUUACCAUUCACUGUUAACUUUCCUGCUGCCAUUCUAUGCUAUUGGGCAUCAAGUAACUUUAUUUCAUUAAUACAAGUCGGUAUUUUACGAAUACCUACCAUUCGAGAUUAUUUCAAAAUCGAGCCCUUAGUAAAUCACAAGCCAGAAAAUUUGCCGAUCAAGAGCAAAGGAUUUGUGGGAGGAAUAAAAGAUACUUGGACGAAUCUCAAAGUAAGUAAAGAGAUUGAGGAUAGACAACGAUUUGAUGAAGUUCAAUUUAGGAGGGCAGGAAGAGGUCCAGUAGUGAAAACAUACAAAUAUGAUCCCACAAAACAAACUGUUCAACAACCGGUUAUUAAUGCUAAAAAGCGAUAGUUUUUUCUUGUGUGUAUAUAUAUGUGUGUAUACUAUACUUAGUAUAUAAUUUUUUAUUUUAA